AUGGGUUUCGUCAGCUACUCCGGUCCCUCCUCUUCCUUCCCUGGCCGAGACCAGUGGAAGUCUUUCGAGGAUAUCUUCAACGCCAACAAGUCCGCCAUGGCCGCUACUGGCGACACUGGCGAGGACAUUGGCCGUAUCUGGAAUGCCGUCAACCAGUGUGCCAAGAUCGGGGUUGAAGAGCGCGUCAUCUUCUGUAUCAUCAUGCAGGAAUCCACCGGAAACGUCGGUGUCCAGACCACCUACAACAACGACGGACACUCCACCGCCGGCCUCAUGCAAUGUGACGGCAGCCCAGGUUUCCCCGGCCAGCACGGUCUCUCUCAGGACCAAAUCACAUCGAUGGUCACCGCAGGAACCAACCACUUCAAGCAGAACCUAAAGGACUUCGGCAACGCCGAUACCGCCGACUGCAUCUACAAGGCGCUACGCGAAUACAACUCCGGCUCCGUCAACCCGAACAACUUAUCCGAUGGCAUGGGCGCCACUGCUUCCUACGUCUCCGACAUCGCCAACCGUCUCCUCGGCCGCACCAACUAAGCUACUAUACAAGAGUGCUAAGCAUGGAAGGGAGAAAAUGGGCAUGUAAAUAGAUAGAAUGCGACUAGGAUACGUUCUUUUUGGAUAUGAUAAUCUAAUACCAUCUCCGUUAUGAACAUUAAUCAUCUCUGUUCAUGCUAGAUCAUAUCCCCAUCCGAAAUGAUAAUUAGCAAAAAGUCUUUAUUUUCUACAGACAAUGUAGCCUAUUCAACUACACUCUAUAUGAAUUGCCUCUAACCUCGAAAU